GGACAUUGCCCUAUAAAAAGUGUUACAUUUUCUUUCGGAAAUUAUUCUGUGGAUUCAGUGAAAACAAACAUGUCUACUUUCAGCAUUGUCUUCCUCUGCCUCCAAGCUUGCUUGGUCCAGACCGCUUUCGGUUGGAUUGCUGAAACACCAUGUGCAGCAGGAAUCCCUAACCCAGCAUGGGGGCUUGCCGGUCCUGCCGCAGGACUUGCCCCUGGUAUGGCUCCUUUUGCCCCGGCUUCUUUUGCUCCCGGUCCAUUCGGCCCCGCUCCCUUAGCCCCAUUUGCCCCAGGCGCAUACGAAGCUGGUAUGGGUGCGUACGGUGGUGAAGGUAUCGGUGACGUAGCUGUAGCCGGAGAGAUGCCAGUAGCUGGUACCACUAUGGUAGCGGGUCAGGUGCCCAUACUCGGUGCUGUACGCUUCGCUGGUGACCUUCCAGCAGGUGGUGUCGUCUCGAUUGCAGGAAGCUGCGGAUGUGGAAGAUCUCAAUACAUGUACUAAGCUGCUAUGUCUAAGAAAGAAACGACAGUUUUGAAUAAAUAAAAAACAUAUUAUUUA